GUCACCCUUCUGGAGACAAGGGCAUUCCGAGUUUCUUUUAUCUUCUUUCACCACAGGCAAUUGCGCACACGAUUUGCGCACCAUUCAAAACAAGUGUUCAAGCGACCCUAUUGUUACCCUGACUGGCAACAUUCUCCUGCGCGCUCUCUUCAAGAAAUAGACUGAGAUAUUGUCUGUAAGGCUUCUUGUUUCAGCUGUAUUCCUGCAAUGGGACUGCGGUUGGCAAGAGAAAGGUCGACCUGUUAAAGAUUGCCAACUCCUCGCCUUAAGCUACGUACUUUUGGUAAGGGUGUAUCUUCCGGGAGCAUGCCUAGCCAUGCAAAAUCUGGCGAAGGUGGAGCGGUCAAGUCCUUCCUCUCCCUGCUGAGCAAAUUCGGGAAGAAAAAGAAGCCCAAGGAGGGGAAAGCUGCCGCGGGAGUAGCCCCCGUUGGAGCAAAUGAGAAUCCGCCCAAAGCAGUUACUCCAUCGGAACCCGGCGAUGCUCUUCCAGCGCCAGCUGUGGAGUUCGCUGCCCCAGAUACAUCAUUUGCAACAAGCGCAAACCAUAUAGCCUCAAAUAAGGUACUGGACCCUGUAGGCGAGGCCUCAGCAGCCGAUGCACAGCAGGCGGAAUCCUCGCAACAACUGGCUGUCGCCCACGACAAGCUUCUUGCCGCGCUCGAGUCCGCGCAAAACACGGAGACCCUGCCCCGCACCUCCCGAGCUGCCUACAACGCAGCCGAUCUCUCCGGCGUCCUCUUCGCCCACCGCACCACCCAGUCCGGCGCCGGCGGCCUCGUGCUGCCCGCCCGAGUGGCGGAGGGCGCCGCCUCGGGCAUCAACUCCGGCGACACGCAGCAAACCCAAUCCCAACUGAACCGCAUUCUGGAACGCGAUGGCGUACGGAAUUCGUACAUUCCGUACGGCACCACCACCGUGGGUCCGCAGCUGCUGAACAGCAUGGCCAACACGCAGAACACGGGGCUGACGCAGGAGAGCAACACCAUUUGUACGGUAACCAACAACCUGCUGCAGGACAUGUUGUACGCGGAUUACGAGGCGCUGGAGCGGCUGCAGUCCAGGCAGCGCGGCUCCUCCUCGGGUGCCAACGCGCUGGGGGGUGCUGCUGCUAUCGGUGGCGGCGCCUCGGCGUCUGCGUCGGCGAAUGCUUCGGGAGCAGCUGCACGGCGGGACAUGCGUGCGCCGCUGGUGGCGCAGCAGCAGGGGCAAGGGGCGAUGCAUCAGGGGGUGCAGGGGUUGAUGGUGGCGAGGACUGCAGGGGCGCAGCAGUUGCCGGCCCAGGAGGCUGCGACUGGGGGUGGGGGCCAACAGCAGCAGCAGCAGCAGCCGCAUGACCCGCGGCAGCAGGCAGGAGGGCAACAGCAGGAAUACGGGCUUGGGGUGCAGCAGCCGGAGCAGGCGGCACCAGCGGCGGUUCCGAGCAGCGCAACCGGCCCCGCACAAGAACAAGAACAACAACAACACCAGCUGAAGGCUAUUCAGCAGCAAAGUCCCUCAGCACCCUCCCCGCAGCAGCAACAGCAGCAACAGCAGCCGAAGUUAGCCACGAUACAGCCCACAACGGCUGAGCCCCAGCCACCGCCCCUGACCACCACCGCAGUGAUGAGUCCACCAGCCCCCGCCACCCGCACCUCCGACCGACUACCUCCCAUCCGUGCCAGCCCCGAAGUCAGGCCAGCAGCACCACCAGCAGCAGCGCCUGCCCCUGCAGCAACAGCAGCCACCACCGCUGCCACCAGCCCCCUGCCCACACCACCCCGCAAAACCUCCGUCGCCGCCUUUGCCGCCUCGGUGUACGGCGCUCCCGGCGACCCGGAGCCCGUGCCUCUGAGCCGGCCGCUGCGGCUGACCACCGCCUGCCUGGGCGCGCACACCACGCUGUGCGAGAGCGCCGCCGACCAGAGCUUCCACCGGCUGCUGCAGCGCAAGAUGCAGACGGUGUACAAGUGGCUGCACGCCUCCGACCUCACCGCGCCGCCCGACCCGCGGCUGGAGGUGCCGCUGGCGGAGCUGGAGGUGGAGCAGCAGCAGCAGCAGACCGCCUCCUCCUCCUCGCCGCGGUCGCCUGGAGGAGGGGCAGGAGCGGAGGCGGCGGGGCGGGAUGCUGAGGCGGCAGGAGGGGC